CAGACGGAUCAGAAUCGCCAAUCCGGAUUGUAAUGGCUUCUCCGUUCCACAACUAGGCUCACUAUAUUAUCAGGAAAAAAAACAAAAAACAAAACUAGGAUCACUAGAUCACCGUCCAGUUUACGUUUGGGGAUAAUCUUUGGGGCAGAGGGAGUGGGCUCUAUGAUAGUUAACGUACACCGGCGAAACUGAUGAAAAACUUUCAUCGGCUCCCUUUCGUUUCAACUUUACCAGGCGAAUCACCGAGUCCUGAUGGAUUCUCCUGAACAUUUUGCGCCUUCAGAAACUUUACUCUUGAAUUAUCUGUAUCCCCGUAUUGCAUUUUGCAAAAUCUCCCAGGUUUCUGGAAUAUCGUCUUGCGGUGGUGCCGAAGAUUGGGUAGUAGAAAUUGGGAAAGAAGGAGAGUCGCGGAGCAUGGGAAUGGGUUCGGAACCGAACUCGUCACCUUCGGCAGCGUCAGGGUCUCCGAGUGCGAAGAGAAGUAGGGAUCCAGAAGAUGAGGUUUAUCUCGACAAUUUCCACUCUCACAAGCGUUAUCUCAGUGAGAUAAUGGCGUCAAGUUUGAAUGGAUUAACAGUUGGAGACCACCCCCUCCCUGACAAUCUCAUGGAAUCUCCAGCAAGGUCAGACAGCUUAUUUUAUCUAAGGGACGAGAUGUCCUUGCAGUAUUCUCCCAUGUCUGAAGAUUCAGAUGACUUGAGAUAUUGUGAAACUCCAACAAACAAUUGCUUGUCCCAACCCGACAGCCGUCCUACCAGUCCAGUUUCUCCUUAUAGGUGUCAAAGGCCUCUGAGUGGAUUCUCUUCUGUUCCCCCAACUACGAGCCUUUCACAUGGCAGCACCGUCCCUGCUGUCACUUCCUCUCAUCCUCGUCAGCGUGGCUCAGAUUCAGAGGGCCGGUUCCCAUCAUCACCCAGUGAUAUCUGCCACUCCGCUGACUUGAGGAGAGCUGCACUGCUUCGCUCUGUUCAGAUGAGAACUCAACCGCCAGGCCCUUCUCCCUUUGAGCUGCCACUCAGUGCUGGACAAGAGUCUCUGCAUAACAUUGAAACUGAAGAAAGAUCAUGCGCCUAUAUGAAAUCGUUAGAGGAUGAGAGGGAUUUCCAGAUUGAGGAAUGCCCGUCAUUGGAUAUCUCAGAACCUGAUUACAAAUCGGAAGGAUCUUGCAGGGUGUCAAAUAUGAAGAUAAAAGUGGAUGAGCAUGCGGAUAAGGCACUUUGAACAAUAGGUCUGAAAGCGAGCUAGCUAGCCAGCCUUGACCUUGUUGCGAAAUGUGCUCCGAUGGCUUAGGCUAAAGCGAAGGAACUCAACAACUAACCAACCACCGCCAGCUCCCCAAUUCGCUUAUAGGCUGUUCCCGAGAGCUGUUGGGGCUACUUAAAAUCCUGCUGAAAGUAAUCAAGUUUCCUUGGUUUGCUUACAUGGAGAAGGCAUACCAUAUUUGUUUAUUUGUCUUUCUCGAUCUGGAUUUGCACGAGGAGUUCAAUUACGUUUAAUAUUUGUGAAUUGGCUGAUCUCUUUGUUUGUGCGUGUGCCCAAAGCCCCUUUUAUUCUUCCAGAAUUGGGUGCUCUACGGUAACUGCAACAGAAAACAUCAUGUAUCUUAAUCCCACUGAUCGAGUGAAGAUUUUAUUUGAAAUUUGAA